GAUCGCGCUUAGACGAUAUUUACCUGCCUGCGCGCGGAGAUCCCGGCAGGAGCGUAUAUCGUCCGCACGCAUCCCGCAGUUCCCCCGAGAGCCCCCCUCGGAAGUGGGUCCAAAGGCCCCGCGUACGCACCGUACGCACGCACGGCGAAUACGCCUACGAGGACAGCGCGCCAUGCGUCAACCUUAAAUCUUACGAGGGACGAGGAUCGGGACGGGAUCUGCAAUCAGUGAGCGGCUAAAACGUUGAAGAUGCUGCCAAAAUUGAUAUUCCUGCUCUGGGCGGCAAUUCCGAUUGCAUUGUCCCAGAGCAACUAUGCGUCACAAGGUAACAGCAUCGAGUAUCAGCCGGGACUUCCGCCGAGCACAGUUCUCGACGGCAAAGUUACCAAAUUGGAUGACAUCUCGCCGAUUAUAUUUUUGAAUCGAACGAAAGCCUAUCUGAACUGCGGCCAGGGUAGCAUGGAGGUCGAGCUCAAGUUUGAGGAACCGUUUUAUGGAGUAGCCUAUGCCGACUUUGAUCGUAACAGUGCCUGCAUAUUCAAAGGACGAGGUGCGACGACCGCUAAAUUGGAACUACCUCUGAAAGGAUGUGGUACAAAACAGGAUCCUCUGCGUGUGUUCACCAAUAAUGUAGUUGUCCGCUUUCAUCCUGGAUUAGAAAUGGAUGGAGACGAGGUUAUCACUAUAGUAUGCAGAUAUCCUCCACCUGUGGCACCGGCGCCUCCUAAACCGCCAGAAAGCAUAAUGGCCACUCUGACGCCCGCGUCGGUGACCGAACCACCGCUGAAAGGCUUCCAGAUCUUGUUGAUUAUCUGCGCUAUUCUGUUCCUCUCAUUGCUUCUACUCGGUCUUGGCUGUUCCUACAUGUGUCUGAAACGACGAAAUGUGCGUGUGGUCCAUCGACAUCCAUUCGAAAGCGCCACUGGUUCUGAGAUAACAAAACUCUCUGGCUCAUCUCUGAGCAACAUCACGAUGUUCGAGGGUCUGAAGAUACCACGAGCGCACGCUCUUCUUCACGCGACUGCCGCAUCUACUUCCGGCAGCGAGGCAAAUCUGGUGAUCGAUCAUUCGGACACAUUGCCAAGUGAUUACCCAAGUGAAAGUCACUCUGAGGUGGAUGAGGAACGUUCGUUACCUGUAUCCUCCGCUGGAUCCUAUGAUAAUAAGGCAUUCAUAGACCAUCAUGAGGUUCAACGUCAAGUGGAAAUGCGUGCUUCAAGCUCCUUAUAUUCAGAGACAGUUGCUGCCGAAGUGGAAACUUCCUCCAUGACAGCUGCGAAUGCUUCAAGAAUCAUGGUACCGCGACAUCCUGUAGCCGUUCCGAUUGAACCCAAGUUCGACGUGCAGAUGAGAGUUAAGAGAGCACCACCUCCGCCGCCGAGCCCGUUGCCAUCAGAAUCUGACGUUGCGAGUAUUGCCCUCGAGAGAAAUUUAACGACCAUUUUGGAGAGAGAAGAGACUUCUCGCUCUCUCGAAAGUGCACCCUAUCGAAUGACUACUUUCUCCUACGUACCCGAGCUUCACAGACCACCACCAGGAGGCGUGUCACCUGUCUCGACUAUCUCUCGGCAGCAGACGCCGCCAGUAUACUCUAGGAUUCUACGCAAACAAGCGGAGAGAGAGACCACCGUGAUCCAAGAGAAACUCCCGUCGCCGACGACUGAACAACCGCCGUUGCACCACGAGAUCCGUCGGCCGAGGUCUCUAACUUCCCUGAACACCGAGCUCACCGAGACUCGCUCGUUGACGGAAGUGACGGAUGCCUCGCAUGCCAAAUACCGGGUAGCAAGCAUUCUAGCGCCGACUCCACCGCCGCCGCCACCAAUUGUACCUACCACGUCCACCACCACUACUCACACCGCCGUUCAGCAUCGCGAGCACCGUUUGUUGCGCGAGGAGAUGACCGAACCACUGGUCGAGCCGCAGGUAGUUGCGCCUCGCCGUCCAGAAAUCACGACUCAUGAAGUGGACGAUGUGUUCCUACGUACCGUUACGGAGAAGAAGACGAUCGAAGAUGUGGAGCGUCACAGUCGCCAGAUCACCGAGUAUCGCGCCAGAUCUCAACCGCCGCCGGAUCUCAAGUGGGACGUCACCAUCAGGAACUAUCCGACGGAGAAUUUACCGCCGCCACCGCCGGAAUGGGAGAACUUCUCCGAUGUUAGCUCGGCCUCCAACUUGACCAUCACGAAUGAGCCAACGAAUCAUCUGGCAGACGACGAACCGGAUGUAAACAUCGAACCGACUUAUACCACGCGCGCUGAGAUCCCAUGCCGGCCACCACCUACGCGCCGAUCCCUCGACGAUGCCGAUGCUGAUUGGUACACUAGGUUGGCACGCGUCUUGGAGCCGCGUUACGCCACCGAGUUGACGGAUGAGGAGCGUGCCAAAUGGCGCGAAAUCAUCACGACGGAAAGCACGCUGCGGACUUUGUUAACCGAGGCAGUGGUUAAAGAAGAUUACGAGCUGAUACGCAAAGAUGCGAGAUACAUUAAUUUGUUCCCGCCAGCGAAGUGGGAUGUGAUCAUCCGAAUUUUAAGUCCGCCAUCAAUGCACACCGGCUCCACCUCGUCCUCCAGUCACGGCAAGAAUCAUGGGCAGAGAUACAAGCGGUCCAAAUCAUCGGAAUGGGACACUAGAUCCAGACGUUCCUCCCUUCCUACCCUGUACGAAUACGAGAGCGACGGGGGCAGCUCGGCGCGUACCCAGAGUCAUCAUCUACAAACAUCGCAAUCCGCCACGACCAUGACCGGUGGACAGAUCGCCGGUCGUCCACGUCGACUAGGCGGUUCUAUUCGUUCGCGAGGAGCCGGAGUCGGUAGUGAAGCCGAUUUGAGAUCGAUGUCCGAGAUAACCGUCCGUGAUUUCGCCCGGAUGGACAGAGACGACCUGACCAGCUUGAGCUCCUUCGAAGGUGCGGACUCGCUGGUCAGAUCGCUCAGUCAACCCAGCUUGGCCAGAUCGGGUUCGGAAUUCACCGAGCACUGGGGCAUGCCUUCUGGUAUUCUGCCACCAUGGGCGUCCGAACACGCGGAGGAUGGCGUCAGCUCCGUGGAAACAACGCCGAGAGCGAUCAGAAGAGGUGACAGGAUGGAGGUCCUCGCCUCCUUCGAUGAGCACAGACGAGGUCCAUCCAUCACAAGAUCGAGUCGAUACACCGAAAGGGAGCUCAGCGUACGCGUGACAGAAAGUCAGAGGGCCUCGGAUUGGUUUAAUGACAACAAUUCCGAGCCGGAGAUGCAGAUCUGAACACUUCCAAAAUAGAACACAGAGAGAUUCUCGGUUUUUACCUCAGAGGAGAUGAUUCCUGAAUCUCGAAGGUCUGAAUAGAAUUAUUAGGGAUGAAAGUUGAUAAUCGAGUCAACACGUACCACUUGCAAUUUAUAAAAUCAAAUCUUGAGAUCGUCUUUUCGUAAUUCUUUGAAAAGUGAAUCUUUUAAUGUAUAAUAAAAUCGGUUAUUUGAACCGGUUGAGCUCAAUUUUCAGCGCUAUAAAUAACGAAA